GACAGCCUCAGGACCGGCCCAAAGGUGUGGAAAUUAAAAAAAAAAAAAAAAAGGAAAACUAUUUUGAAUGAAGUUUUGACCAAGCAAAUGCUGGCAAGCAACUUAAAGAAGAUCUCUACCAGUCUUUUCUCAACAAUUAUAUAGUCAACUGAUGUAACAAUGGUACUAAUAUUGGGACGCAGACUAAACAGAGAGGAUCUUGGGGUUCGUGAUUCCCCAGCAACUAAGCGUAAAGUUUUUGAAAUGGACCCCAAAUCUCUGACAGGUCGUGAGUUUUUUGACUUCUCUUCAGGAUCAUCCCAUGCUGAAAACAUACUCCAGAUAUUCAAUGAAUUCCGAGACAGCCGCUUGUUCACUGAUGUAAUCAUUUGUGUGGAAGGAAAAGAGUUUCCUUGCCAUAGAGCUGUCCUCUCAGCCUGUAGUAGCUACUUUAGAGCUAUGUUUUGUAAUGACCACAGGGAAAGCCGAGAAAUGUUGGUUGAAAUCAAUGGCAUUUUAGCUGAAGCUAUGGAAUGUUUUCUACAGUAUGUUUAUACUGGAAAGGUGAAGAUCACCACAGAGAAUGUCCAGUAUCUCUUUGAAACAUCAAGCCUCUUUCAGAUUAGUGUGCUCCGUGAUGCAUGUGCCAAGUUCUUGGAGGAACAACUUGAUCCUUGUAAUUGCUUAGGAAUCCAACGCUUUGCUGACACCCAUUCACUCAAAACACUCUUCACAAAAUGCAAAACCUUUGCAUUACAGACUUUUGAGGAUGUGUCCCAACAUGAAGAAUUUCUUGAGCUUGACAAAGAUGAACUCAUUGAUUAUAUUUGUAGCGAUGAACUUGUGAUUGGUAAAGAAGAGAUGGUUUUUGAAGCUGUCAUGCGUUGGGUCUACCGUGCUGUUGAUCUAAGAAGACCAUUGUUACAUGAGCUCCUGACACAUGUGAGACUCCCUCUGUUGCAUCCCAACUACUUUGUUCAAACAGUUGAGGUGGACCAAUUGAUCCAGAAUUCUCCUGAGUGUUACCAGUUGUUACAUGAAGCAAGACGCUACCACAUACUUGGUAAUGAAAUGAUGUCCCCAAGGACUAGGCCACGCAGGUCCACUGGCUAUUCGGAGGUGAUAGUUGUUGUUGGUGGCUGUGAACGAGUUGGAGGAUUUAAUCUCCCAUAUACUGAGUGCUAUGAUCCUGUCACAGGAGAAUGGAAGUCUUUGGCUAAGCUUCCAGAAUUUACUAAAUCAGAGUAUGCUGUUUGUGCACUAAGGAAUGACAUUCUUGUUUCAGGUGGAAGAAUCAACAGCCGUGAUGUGUGGAUUUAUAACUCACAGUUAAAUAUUUGGAUCAGAGUUGCCUCUCUAAAUAAAGGCAGAUGGCGUCACAAAAUGACUGUUCUACUUGGUAAAGUAUAUGUUGUUGGAGGCUAUGAUGGGCAAAACAGACUUAGCAGCGUAGAGUGUUAUGACUCCUUUUCUAAUCGAUGGACUGAAGUUGCUCCCCUUAAGGAAGCAGUGAGCUCUCCUGCAGUGACAAGCUGUAUAGGCAAAUUGUUUGUGAUUGGUGGAGGACCUGAUGAUAAUACUUGUUCUGAUAAGGUUCAAUCUUAUGACCCAGAAACCAAUUCUUGGCUACUUCGUGCAGCUAUUCCAAUUGCCAAGAGAUGUAUAACUGCUGUCUCCUUAAACAACCUGAUCUAUGUUGCUGGUGGACUGACCAAAGCAAUAUAUUGCUAUGAUCCAGUUGAAGAUUACUGGAUGCAUGUACAGAAUACAUUCAGCCGACAGGAAAACUGUGGUAUGUCUGUGUGCAAUGGUAAAAUAUAUAUCCUGGGUGGAAGACGGGAAAAUGGAGAAGCCACAGACACUAUCCUCUGUUAUGAUCCUGCAACAAGUAUCAUCACAGGGGUAGCUGCAAUGCCCAGGCCAGUGUCCUACCAUGGCUGUGUGACUAUUCAUAGAUACAAUGAGAAAUGCUUUAAGCUCUAAAGCCAGAAUACCUCACCAAGAAGCCACACUGAUCCAAGACAAGAGCAUUUAAAAACUUCCAGUUGGGAACUUGACUUAUCUCCUUUGUGCCAUAUGUAAAAAAAUAAUCCCCGUGCCUUUCUCCCCCAAAUAUCAAUUCUUCAGACUAUAAUAAAGCCUUUCCAAUAACUGAAAGAAUAUUGUUGUUGUUAAGGAUAAUGGUGGCUGUUGCUUGGCCUUGGGAGUGUAUGUUUAUAUUUUUAAGAAGCCUAUAUGGACUAAGAAAUAAUGUCUGCAUAUUUUUUAGGAAUUUGUCAAUGAUUUCUUCAGUUAUGUAUGCUUAUCUGUGUAAGACUGCAUAUUUUUGUUAUUGUUGUCUCAUAUGGAGAGAAAACUGCAUGACUGAGAGGCUUUAUUUACAUUAAUCACCUCAUGCUAAAAAUGCUUAGAGAGCAUUCCUGAGAGGAAAAUCAGUUUUAAAAUAUCUUUAUCACUGAUACUGCAUAUCUGAACUGGCAAAUUAUAUUGAAGGUAUUUUUGUUCUGAAACUGAUAAAAAAAAUAUCAAGCAGCAGUUCAAGUAUCACAAAAUACUGAUGUAUUAUAACUUCAUUCUUAGAAGGGCUGUCUUAUACAUGUUUUGUGAGGAGUUAUGCAGAGAUUUAAAAAAAAUAGUAUGCAUAAAAGUGGGAUCAGAAUUACAGACUUAAUUCCUAAGAAAAAUUAAGUAAUUAUUGGAAGAAAAAAAUGUAACCCACUGUGGCUUUUAAAGUAUUUAUGUAUCAUCUAUAAAUCCUCUUAAGAAGCUUCUUCCUUAAACUUGACCAAGAAGUUAAAAUCUAUUUUACGAUAUUGUUUUGUGGUAAACAAGGACAGGCUUGCUCCCCAACCUAGUAGGAUUCAACCUUGUUAGUUUGGUGCUUUAAUUUAGAACUUCUUCCCUGGUUAUGCGGCCUUCAGUGAAAUCUCUGCCUUUAACAGGCUAAAGCAGGGACCACUUAUCUCAGUGGGUCCAUUUUUCUUUUAAAUUUUGCUGAGAAAAGCUAACAGCAGUAGUUCUAGUCUCCUAAGAGAAAUAGUUCGUUUAUUAUACCCAUUUUGCAAAAUAUUGCUCAAUAUCUACAAAGUUCUAUAAAAUAAACUGCUUUUGUCUGGAUUUUUCAACUACAGUGGAAGAAACUUACAAGUUUCCAGAGAGCAAUGUAAACUUUUUUCCUUAGGCAAAUUAAUGGAAACUGCAAAAACUGCAACAUAAGUAACUAUUGUAAUUUCUUGAUAGACAGAUAAAAUUGACAACAUUUAGAGUAUGUACCAGGUAGCCUGUUGUAUUUUGAUUUCCCAGUCACCAUCAUCCCUCACAUUAUAAUUGUGUACUUGUCAUAGUAAGGAUGAUACAAAUACUGUAUAAUUAUAGUGUCACCAGAUUUGUAUUAAAACUAAGGUACUCAUCAGAAAUGUGAUGUGAAUGAUACAGACGUUUCAAAUAGAGAAACUUUAAUGUUUCGUUCGAACCUAAAUCCUAAGGGAAAAAUUCUCUUAGAGAAUUUCUACUCUACACGUCAUAAUUUAUAUGAUAAAUAACUUUAUGAUAACUCUCAAAGCAAUUGAGAAAAGUUACUAUUUUGGUUGGAAGACAGUUGUAAGUACAAUUGAGAAACUUGUACCUUUAUAGGAAACAUCUGAAUGAUGCUUUUAUAGCAAAUGUUGUAUUCUCAGUUCAGAUUCUGUGUAGUAAAUGAGGUAAUGCAUUAAGUGUUCAGUAAAUGCUUAGGAUUCUACACAUGAUGGUUGUUAUAUUCAUGUGUAUUUGUAUGAUCAUAUCCACCCAUAAAUGGAGACUUCAUAUAAAAAGACUUGUCAAGAUGACUUUGGAUUCUAGUAUUUUUGUCUGUUUUAAAAGCAUUAACUUGUAUUUCGUGUGUAUUUUAAUAGCCAUGUGUUUAUGUAGCAAAUUUUAAUGAAACCCCCAAAUCCAGAAUGUUUAAACACAGACCUCAUACCAAUACUGUUUUGUUCUUUACAUAAACCACAUAAAAUUGACUAGGUAGAAUUUAUGUUGAAGGUCAACAAGAAUUUCACUUGAAGCCUAGAAAGACUGAAGUAGCUAUUUUUAAAGUUGCCCAACUGAUAUUUUAACUAUUUAUCUUCCCUUACUAAUUAGUUCUUGAUUAAUAGUUGCAUUAGCCUUGAUAAAAAAAUUAGGGUAUA